AUGCCGCGCAAUAGUGCAGACAUCGUGACUAUACAUGAUCAAACUGAUCUGGGAUGUUGUAUUUGGCUUUAUCUCAAAGACGAAAUUUAUGUUCCUCCCUUGGUAGAUCGAUUUUAUGAACUCGAUUAUCUUGAUAUCGAUGACAAUGAAAAAAUACUUGGACAGCGUAUAAGAAGGCGAAGUGUUGACAUAUUCUUACGGAAGUUGCUGAGAUUUAGAGAAGACGGAUAUGAACGCUUUUUGGUUUAUCUCAGACAAUCAGAUCAGAGUCAUGUUGCUGACACCCUCCAGGAGAAUAUAUUUCCCAGUGAACUUCCAGAUAUCAACAAAACUCAUGCUGAAAUAGAAGCAAGUAUUCUUAUGAAUAUAGAUGCCCUCUGUGAUGAUUUGGAACCCGACAAAACUGCCGAUUAUUUCAUAGUUUAUCGUGAAUUUACUAUUGACGAAUACGAAUCAAUAAUCAGUCACAGAAACAGAAGGAUGAAAGCUGAAGAGAUGGUUGGUCUUAUCUUAGAACAUCUGCCUAGAGGUUAUCAAGUCUUGAGACAAAUAUAUAAGGAAAUGGGUAAAACCAAAAUGCUGAAGGCACUAGAUGAAGUCUUUGUGGCGGAAAAUCUGGACGAGAUAAACAAGAAUAUCAGAGAAACGUUUGAAAGAAAGCGAAGAGAGCUUCAUUGCAUGCAGUAUGGAUCAGGGCAUUUUAAUACCAAGAUGAAACUAAAUGUCAGUGGCUCUGCAAGUCCAGCGUGUGAGGAGGAACUGGUAAAACGUAUUCAAGAACAGAUUGAAGAAAUUAACAUUGGACUACAGAAGUAUACGAGUUGUAGGAUAGUGCUUGUAAAAGAAGGAUCGAUUGUCAUACAUUUGCUGAGCUGUGGCACAUUAUUCCGCAUGGAAGAUGAAACAAGGAAAGAUGUGUCUAAAUUGCUGAAUCGAAUAUUUCUGCACCCUGUGGUAGAUGCGUUUGGAUCAUACGACGGUCGGCGGUUCCGUGUUACAGUUGAAUCAAACAUCCAAAUGCGACUUGAUGGCAAGUUGAAGAAAGAAUCAAUCGAACGACAUAAAGAUUACUUGUCUGAAGAGUUGAGCGCGGUUCCGUUUCUUCGUCAUAAGAAAACAAGGACAAUAUUUAAGCAGUCUGAAAUUGAUUCAGUAUUCGACUGCAAACCAAUCAGUCGAGAAAAAAGAAUGCAGAUAUCAUUCUAA